GAUCAGCGAUCACGAGCCGAGCUGUGCAGCAUAGUCCAUAGCCAGAUCGGCGGCGCUUAUCAGUAGCGUGCGGCGGGGAUAAAGAGAUACAGAUACUGGGUCUGGCAUUCUAUUUCGGCAGCGGUCCGCAGCAGUUGAUCUUCCGCCAUCGAAUCGCAAGGAUUGCAGUUCCUGCGAAUGCAGAGUCCGAAAUUCAAGUGAACCAACCAGCCAGUUCCAUUCACCAUGGCUCAAGUCGAGGCGCGCACUGUGCUGUGGUACAUGACAUUUAUGGGCUUCAUCGUCAACUACAUGAUCCGGAUCAAUCUGAACAUCACGAUUGUGGACAUGAUUGCCGGCAAGGGUGGUCCGGUUGCCUCGAACGUAACCCUCGGGAACUCUACGGAAUUGACUGCCCUUCCGGAUGAACGGUUUUCGUUGGAGCGUUGGUUUUUGGACUGGGCGAAUAUUCCGUACGAACGGAAUGGAUUUUACUGGAACGAGAAGCAGCAGGGCGCUCUGUUGGGAUCCUUUUUCUGGGCCCAUUGGACUCUGCAGAUCCCCGGCGGCAUCUUGGCCACUAAAUAUGGCACCAAACUGGUCUUCGGUUGGUCCAAUGGCAUUGGUGUUUUCUGCUGUUUCCUCAUACCCAUUGUAUCGUACUGGAGCUACACGGGGUUGAUUAUCCUUCGAGUUUUCCAGGGCUGGAUAACUGGUUUGGCCUGGCCCUCGAUGCACGUGCUCACUGCCAAAUGGAUUCCGCCCAACGAGCGCAGCAAGUUUGUGAGUGCCUAUUUGGGCAGCUCAGUGGGCGUGGCUCUGUUCUAUCCGAUCUUCGGCUAUAUCAUCGACUGGACCAGGUGGGAAUGGGUCUACUAUAUCUGCGGAAUUGUUGGAACUCUGUGGUUCAUUGCCUGGCAGUUCCUGGUCUUCGAUAGUCCUGCCCAGCAUCCCCGCAUCGCCGACUCGGAGAGAAAGUACAUUGAAAAGUCCUUGGGCGCCUCUGUUCAAGGAACGAAGGGUCCAACUCCCUGGAAGGCGAUAGCCACCUCCCGUCCGGUUUGGCUGAACGUGGUGGCCCAAUGGGGCGGCAUCUGGGGCCUGUUCACUUUGAUGACCCAUGCGCCGACCUACUUCCGACUGAUUCACCACUGGAACAUCCGAGCUACGGGCUUCCUCUCGGGACUUCCUCAUCUCAUGAGGAUGCUCUUUGCUUACGUCUUCUCCAUGUUGGCUGAUUAUCUUCUGCGAACAGAUCGCCUGAGUCGCACCAAUGUCCGCAAAUUGGCCACAUUCAUUUGCUGUGGCGUCAAGGGUUUCGUGGUCUUGGCUCUCGCUUACUUCGGUUACAACGCGACGGCUGCCAUUCUGUUGGUUACAAUAGCCACCAUGUUCCAUGGCGCCGUGUCCUCCGGUCCGUUGGCCUCCAUGGUGGAUCUGUCCCCCAAUUAUGCUGGCAUCGUCCUGGGUGUGAGUGGAAUGAUUGGAGGAAUGCCGGGCUUCAUAUCGCCCUUCAUUGUGGGACAGCUCACCCAUAAUAAUCAAACAAUUGAGGCCUGGAAGAAUGUGUUCCUGCUCAGUUCGUUGAUGCUAACAGGCAGUGGCAUCUUGUACGUACUCUUCUCGGAAUCCACAUUGCAGCCAUGGAAUAAUAAUAGCUGCCACUCAUUGCCUGAGCCUGGGCUAAAGGAACUCCAAAACCUGGGAAUCGAUAGGGAAGAUGAGGAGGAAAAGAAGCCCCUUAGAGCGGACCAUGAUGAGGAAUCCCAUAACGUGGCUGAAACGGAGACCAAAACAAAAUCUGUCGGCGAUGAGAAGUGAGCAGUGGCGUCACUCCAUUUUAUUGGCAUAAUACCGUGUUGCUUAUGGCACCUAGCCGAACAACGUCUGAUACGGCUUAUCGCCAUUCUGUGUAAAUAGUUACCCGCGGAUCCACAGAGUUUAGCAUCUCCAGCCUCUAGAUUUAAGCAAGUUGUUUACUAUAACAUAGGAUUAGGUCUCUUUUCUCCCCUGAGAUUCUGUUUGUCCAGUGUGUGCUUUUAGUCAAAUAAUAAAACAAAUUCAAAUGA